GGGCUAACAAAGAAGAAAUUCCUGUUCGUUUAAUUAGCCAGUAGCUUUGGAUCAGAAUUUUUCGUUCCAUGGCGCUUUAAUGGGUCUCCAGAUGGUCAAAACGCCUCUCGUUCCCAGCAAAGUGAGCAAGUGGGUUUACCGUGUCCCGUUUCUGAGGUCUUUUCGGACGCCACACUCUUUGGGUCCCGAUGGAGCAGGGCUCCUAGCGGUUGGGCGAGUACUUGGAGCGGGCUGAUCCCCUCGAAACACAAGCUGGGGAAAGGGGCCGAAGCCACGGAAGCCCAUUCUCAGACCCUGGAAGCAGGAGGGGGCCUUUUGGGAGCCACUAAACUCAGGAUUUGGAGCAGGCGCCCCGGACCUGCUUUCCGCGCAGGAAGAUCUGCGCCCCAAGUUGUCUCCACUCGAAAGCGCACAGACAUUGCGCCCCGCGGGUCCCGGAGAUGCUCCAUCAAAUAGAGGAUUCAUGUACCCCCUACCCUGGCGGGUUGGGGUUCCAGUGGCAGGCGACAAAGACGAUCUGAGCUGCUUCCAUCUCUGGCAAGGUCCGCUGGCUCUCACCCCUUGGAGAGGUGCACCCGACUGCCAGGCCCUCGCCGCCCAGCCACACCCGCCCGCCCACCAGCCACCAUGCUGGGUAGCAAGCGACUGGGGCUAUCCGGAAUGACCCUCGCCCUGUCCCUGCUUGUGUGCCUGGGCGCGCUGGCCGAGGCGUACCCCUCCAAGCCAGACAACCCAGGAGAGGACGCGCCGGCAGAGGACAUGGCCAGAUACUAUUCAGCGCUGCGACACUACAUCAACCUCAUCACCAGGCAGAGGUAUGGAAAACGAUCUAGCCCUGAGACACUGAUUUCAGACCUCUUGAUGAGAGAAAGCACAGAAAACGUUCCCAGAACUAGGCUGGAAGACCCUUCUAUGUGGUGAUGGGAAAUGAAACUUGCUCUCCAGUCUUUUCCUAUUUUUCAACCCAUAUUUCAUCCUGUAAAACUAGAGUCUGCCGGUCCUCCCAAUGCAUGCAGCCACUGUGCUCAACUCUGCAGAGUUUCCCUUUGUUGUCCUUGUAUAUACGUGUGUUUAAAUAAAGUACCAAGCAUUCAAACGUGUAUGUUCCUCAAUGAA